AUGGCAAAAACAUCGAAAAUUAUAAAACUGAAUGUUAGCAAUGCUGUGGAGAAACAGGCACUGAUGACUCUGCUGGAAAGUGGGGCGAAGGCUGCUCUCCCGAACGCGAGUGAGGAGCGGACUACUCGACUGAACACGAGUGGGGCGCAGGCUACUUCACGGAAUCAAGUGACAAUGGGGCACCGGCUACUCUGCUUGGACGGAAUCGAACGCAAUCGGGCCGGGCAUCACCUGGAGCAGAGGAACCUCGGGAUCGAAACUUCAUUCCAGAGACGGGAGGUACACCUGGCACUGCGCCUUGUGUCCUGCGCCGGUCUCAGCCGGUUGUCCCCGUGCCUGAUCCUCAUAGUUUUACUCGGAGCCAGUCAAGCAUCAGCAGGAACCCAGCAACGCCUGGAGAAACGGCAGACUCUAUGUCCCCCAGGACAAUUCCUUAAUAUAACCAGGACCUCUGAUAGAACAAGGGAAAUAUGUACACCGUGUCCAACAGGAACUUUUACUGAGUUCUCCAAUGGGCUUUCCUCCUGCAUCCAGUGUAAAAUCUGCAAGACAGACCAAGAAGAGAUCAAUCCGUGUCAUGCCACUCACAACACCGAGUGUCAGUGCAGGCCUGGCACCUUCUGUCCAAAAGAACAACCGUGUGAGAUCUGCAGAAAGUGCACCUCAGAGUGCCCCAAAGGGAUGGUAAAAAAGAACUAUUGCAGCCCCUCGAAUGACUUGGAAUGUCAAGAGCCAACAGGCACAAGAGAUGCUGAGAUUUGGCUGCCAGUCGUAGUUGUAGUAGUAGUUUUACUCAUUCUCUUUGUUACUGGUGUCCUUUUUUACUGCUGCAAAUGGAGGAAUGGUUCCCAAGGUUGCAGGAACUCUUUCAGCAUCAAGAGCUUAGUAUCACACUUGCAGAGAGGUAAUCACCCAGGGCAGCCUGAGGCCAGAGAUGAUGAAGGAGUCGAGAUGCAGACUAUGGGGAAAAAUAGACCUGGGAAUCAAGAAGGAGAAGGUCAAGGGCUGUUGGAAGUUAAAAUCGAUCCUCAGAUGGAGCAGACAGAAGCAAUGACUCUUCAGGCCAAACCAAAGGCACUAAUUCCAGCUAAUGGUGACCCUAUCAAGACUUUGCAGGAAUCUUUUGUUUACUUUGUACGGGAGGUACCCUGGGAUUACUGGGACCUGUACAUGAGUCAGCUGAAGCUGAAGCCGAAUGAGAUCAUGAUGGCCAAAGAAACCGAGAAGAGUGCAAUAGGCAGUCGAUGUAAAAUGCUUAUGACAUGGCAGCAGAAUAUUGGGAAGGCUGCCACUGUGAACAUCCUGCUGAAGACCCUGAGUAAGAUAAACCUGGAAGUCGCCAGAGGUACCAUUGAGGAAGAGCUCAUCCGUGAACGGCUCUAUGUCUACGAGAAAAGCGAGGCUGAGAAAUCAGGCUAAGAGUCUAACAGGAGAGGAGGGCUCUCAGAUAUAUUACCUUUCUCCUCCUCCUGAAUACAUUUGACUUUGGGGGAGUGUAACCAGGUAUGAAGGAUACACAAAGAAUCUUUCUGACCUCUAAGAUUCUAUCUUCUAGGGACCCAGUGGCCCUCCUGGAGCAUUGAACAACUUGAAGAUAUGAGCAUGAAUAACCCUUGAAAGACCUUGAGACCAUAUUUGUAAAAACUAAAAAAUAGUUGCUUUCUCAGGGAACUUUGAAAACAGAGAAUUGUUGCUUUGAAGCUCUAGGGCCAUGUUGGUGAACCUAUGGCAACGCACACUAGAGGGAGCAUUCCCCCUCUCCACACAU